CCACUUCAAGUGCGUAUACCAUUGCGACAGCAUCUUCAUCUCGAAGAGAGCAUCUUCUCUAACUUUCCCCUGCAGCUUUUCUACAGCGCAAGUCGCCAGCAUCUUCACUUCAGAAAACAACUCUCAACACCGUCAAAAUGGGCAAGGACUCUGACAAGACCCAUAUCAACGUCGUCGUCAUCGGCCACGUCGACUCUGGCAAGUCCACGACGACUGGUCACUUGAUCUACAAGUGCGGCGGUAUCGACAAGCGUACCAUUGAGAAGUUCGAGAAGGAAGCUGCUGAGCUCGGCAAGGGUUCCUUCAAGUAUGCGUGGGUUCUCGACAAGCUCAAGGCCGAGCGUGAGCGUGGUAUCACCAUCGAUAUCGCGCUCUGGAAGUUCGAGACCAACAAGUACUAUGUUACCGUCAUCGAUGCCCCCGGCCAUCGUGACUUCAUCAAGAACAUGAUUACUGGUACCUCCCAGGCCGACUGCGCUAUUCUCAUCAUUGCCGCCGGUACCGGUGAGUUCGAGGCUGGUAUCUCCAAGGAUGGCCAGACCCGUGAGCACGCUCUGCUUGCCUACACCCUGGGUGUGAAGCAGCUCAUCGUCGCCAUCAACAAGAUGGACACCACCAACUGGUCUCAGGCCCGUUACGAGGAAAUCAUCAAGGAGACCUCCAACUUCAUCAAGAAGGUCGGCUACAACCCCAAGCAGGUUGCCUUCGUCCCCAUCUCGGGCUUCAACGGCGACAACAUGCUUGAGGUCUCCACCAACUGCCCGUGGUACAAGGGCUGGGAGAAGGAGACCAAGAAGGGCAAGUCCACUGGCAAGACCCUUCUUGAGGCCAUCGACGACAUCGAGCCUCCUCAGCGCCCCACCGACAAGCCCCUCCGUCUGCCCCUGCAGGAUGUGUACAAGAUCGGCGGUAUCGGCACUGUCCCUGUCGGCCGUAUCGAGACUGGUGUCCUCAAGCCCGGUAUGGUCGUUACCUUCGCUCCCUCCAACGUCACCACUGAAGUCAAGUCCGUCGAGAUGCACCACGAGCAGCUUGCCGAGGGUGUCCCGGGUGACAACGUCGGCUUCAACGUGAAGAACGUCUCCGUCAAGGAAAUCCGCCGUGGCAACGUUGCCGGUGAUUCCAAGAACGACCCCCCCGCUGGUGCCGCUUCCUUCGAAGCCCAGGUCAUCGUUCUCAACCACCCCGGCCAGGUUGGUGCUGGCUACGCUCCGGUCCUUGACUGCCACACUGCCCACAUCGCUUGCAAGUUCGCCGAGCUCAAGACCAAGAUCGACCGCCGUACCGGUAAGGCUGUUGAGGAGAACCCCAAGUUCAUCAAGUCCGGCGAUGCUGCCAUCGUCAAGAUGAUUCCGUCCAAGCCCAUGUGCGUUGAGUCGUUCACCGACUAUCCUCCUCUCGGUCGUUUCGCCGUCCGUGACAUGCGUCAGACCGUCGCUGUCGGUGUCAUCAAGAGCGUCGAGAAGGCUGUCGCCGGUUCCGGCAAGGUCACCAAGUCCGCUGCCAAGGCUGCCAAGAAAUAAACGGUUUCUUCAUGCAGCAAAUAAAAAAGUCACUUCCAGAGAUCCGGGUCGUGUGGCUCACCGAAGAGAUCGCGCCUCGUAUCUAGGUACGGCGUUAACGAAUUUCACUUUGCAUGAGCACUCGGAACGUUUUGUUAUGGGGCACAUCUUUGAGAGGGAAUGGUCGGGGUUUCUGCGCAUCAAAACUUCUCUCGCCAUGUGCUUAGUACAAAAUAGAGUCUCUUAGAAGUGAUCACGAAGGUCAUGAUUCCCCCAGUCGGCCGUCCUGAAUGAAUGCUGCUGUGUUGCACUUGAGUGUUAUUGUCCAUGUUGGAUGUCAGAGAAUGAUGCUGUAGCUUGGUGAUAUUGUAAUAGACAUAUCCAGUGCAGUUCGUCCACACUGGUCUCUGUCCAUGUAGCCUCCAUCGCGGAUGGUGUCAUCACAGCAGUCUUAAUAAAUCAAGUCGAAUACAAC